AUGAGAGAGAAAGAGAGACAAGAAAUGGAGUCUAGAGGGCUUGUAGAUAGACAGGAUGUGAAGAAGAAGCUGCAAGAUGCCAUUACGUUUGUUGGUUCUUGUACCGAUAUGUGUCCCAUUUUUGAACGAGUUCGACGAACGUAUGAGAACAACGUCAAACAGCUUGAAAAGGACCCUCAGACCGGAAAAGUGACGAGCCAGUAUGCAGUCAAGGCGUUUUCAAGACCAGCAGCAGGCCAGCCACCACCACUGCCAUCAGACGUGCGACCUCCUCAUAUUUUAGUGAAAACGCUGCAGUAUCUUAGUGAAAAAAUCUUACCACAGCUACCAGCCAGUCAUUCAUUUUUGUGGGAUAGAACGAGAUCCAUCAGACAGGAUUUUACGUACCAAAACUACUCGGGUCCGGAGGCUAUCGAGUGUAAUGAGAUAAUCGCCCGAAUUCAUAUUAUCUGUCUUCAUGUAAUGGCGGGUCAUGAUCAGGAGUACUCGAAACAGCAGGAGAUUGAACAGCUCACGAAAACGUUACAGACACUAUCGGAAUUUUAUAACGACAAUCGGAAACGAGGGCUUCCAGACAGUCCUAAUGAGCCGGAAAUGAGAGCGUUUCAGCUUCUGUGUCAUCUGAAGGAUCCUGAUGUAGAGUUCCAAGUCCAGCAGUUGCCGAUACAUGUGUUUAAAGAUGCGAGAAUCCAAAGAGCUCUGGAGCUGCGAAAUCUAGUUCAACAGAAUAGAAUUCUCGAAAAGGGGCAUAUAUAUACAGAAAAUGCUGCGAAUAUUUUUGCGCUAUUUUUUGAAAAGCUAGCCACUGAUGGUAGUACGCCACCACUGUAUUUAUGUCUUUUGGAAAGCUCGUUCAAUGAUAUACGACUGGCUUCGUUAAAUGCCAUGUCAAGAGCAUAUCAUUCUCGAGGAAAGCCGUAUUUUAUCGACCGACUGACGAGUAUGCUGGGGUUUGACAGUGAGCAAGAGGGGUUAGAAUUCUGCCAGUAUUACGACUUGACUGUGGUUGAUGAUGCCAGUGGAAAGAAAUGUGUGGAUUUGGUUUCAUACAAUCAAAGUACGGUUAAUAAUAAACAGCCCAAACAGCAGCCUUUUAGUCUACUCGUUGAUAGACGGGUAGGAGCUGGUUAUAAUCAGCUGGUGGUACCGAGUAGAAUUGACAGUGCGUCCACAACUCCUGCUGCAAGUGGUGGAAUAGGAACUGGAUUUGGUGGAUUCUCUGCCAGGAGUAACAGUAGCUUUGGAAAUAGUAUAAAUGGAGUUGCCAAACCUGUGUUCGGUAGCGGCAUUCCCAGCCCUGGUCAGACUCCUAAUAUAUUUGCGGCUAAUAAAGAGGCAACCUUGUUUGGUGGUACCAAGUCUUCAAUUCCAAGCAUGCCUUCUGCUCCGCCAGCAACCAAGGCUCAAACAUGGGCUAAUAUUGCUAGUGGAGCUGUCCCUGCAACUACAGAACCAACGCCAGCGGUCAAACAGGAGCAGUCUGCUCUACAAACGCAACCUUUCAGUCUGUCAGGUGGCAGGGGAAUUGGUCUAGCUAAACCCCAAUCUGUGGGAAUUCCUUUAACAGCUAGCACUGCAUCAUCAGGUACAACACCAAAUUCAAUGUUCGGCUCUUCUAAACCAUUUUCAUUUGGUGGCGACACAAUCAAAGCAACAUCGACAUCACUCUUACCAAAUAAAACACCACAACCAUCAAGUAAUGUUUUUACCAAUCCUUUUGCAAGUAACGCAUCUGCAGAUAAGAAACAAGCACCAGACUCGGCGUCAACAGUUUCACCUCUCGGCCAAACGCCGGCUUCAACACCCGGUCCCAAACCAGCAUUACCAACCGAACCAGUAGCAUUACCACCUCCACCAAAACCUGUUUAUACAGAUUCGAUGGUCAAAAAGCAGAUAGAUAGAAUGCUUCGAUCAGCAGUGUCUGGCGAAAUCAGCUCGAAUAUUCUCCCCAGCCAGUGGAAGUCGAUAACACAGGCUCGUCAGGAAAGAAAAGCACUCAUUGAUAGCGUUUCAGAAGAUAUCUACAAAAAGUGCAUUUCCGACCUGUUAUACCGACAAUCUGCUAAUGCCCUAGCCGAACACCUAUUUUCAAGGAGACUGAGACGGGAUGCCAUUCGAUUGAUUAGUGCUGCUGGACAGCGAGCAAAAGAACGGGCAGAUCGCAAACGCAAAAUUCUCGAAGAAUACCGAAUUGUGUCACAAACAUUGGGUAGAAGUGACUUGCGACGAUCGAGCAGUAAUGGCAGUCUAAGAAGCAGGCCGACAUCUUCAUCAUCUCAUGUGUCCGAAAAAGAGCAAAUCAAAGCAAUGAAACGAGCCAGGGUAUCCGCAUCGAACGAAUGGUCACCAUACGCCCUUAAACCCCUAUUAAUCCCAUCAGUAGAAGAAGCAUUUAGACGGCAGUCUCAGUUUGACAGAACAGUGUCGUUAGCUAUAUUCGUUCCUGACUGGGAGAAAACUGAAGGCACCUGGACACGGAGCAAACUGUCACUUGUAUGGGAUGGCCAGCAGACAUCGACCUACUGUAACAAGGUGGAAAACAACAGCACACAGAUCAACCUCAUGGCUCUUGAGAGUGAUCCUGCCACGUUUUCUAGAAUUGGCAUGCUUAUAUUUGAGUGUGGAGUUGAUCUCAGCAUAGAACCUCAAGCGUUUGAAGCAGUCAUCUCGAGCUUGGUACCCCGGUCCGAGUUUCUUAUCAGUCUACUGAUUGUCAACUGGGAUGGCCGGUCACAAUCGGACGUCUACGAACAUCUCAACAUCACGAGAUACGAAUCACUUUUAGACAACAUUACAUUCUGUUCCCUAACGUCAUCCAGUAUUGGAAAAGACAUCUCUGUGAAUUUCAGCGUCGGACUCGAACGACUCAGUCAAUCAUUCACUGCUACUCUCUCAACUUUAGGUCUACAACUGCGAAAACAACAAGCAGCCAACAACCAACGACGACUGGCAUUAAAAGCUGCUAAAGAAGAACAAGAACGACGACUUGCUCUCGAAAAACAAAAACAAGACAAAUGGAACCGACUGAGCUCGCUCAACUCGUUACACGUCUACACCGAAUCGCCCUCACCCCCCACCGCUCCACCACAACCCAAACGAAAACGCAGUUUCAACGACAGCGGCUCCCUGGCCACCUCACCCGCCACCAAAUCAGCUCGCAACCCCUCUGCCAUCCACUCAACACCAGUCCAACUCCCCAAAGCACUCGCCGAGCUCAAAGACCUCGUCUCCUCGGUCCUCACCCGCACCCCGCAAUCCAUGUAG